CAUAUGGAGAAAAUAUAGUUCGGCGCUGUCAUGCUGUCUGGACGAGAUGGAUGACCGUGCAUCACCCAAUGAAUCCCGUGCCCGCCAUGCUUGCGAACCCUGUCGGAGAAAAAAGACCAAAUGUCCCGGUGAAAAGCCGGCGUGCUCAUUCUGCCGUAGAUUGAAUCAGCGGUGCACUUAUAGUAGGGAUGAAGGGUCUCGGGAUUUCAAAGUAGGCUGAUGCCAUAACCAAUUGUGUAGUUCCAGGUUCU